AUGAUGGCCAUGUCGUAUGAUGAUGAGCUCGCCACGUACCUCAUCGCGUUGGAUCCAGACGAAAGUUACCCAUCAACAAUUGUGCACGGUGCACAUGCAGCUCUAUCGACAGAAAUUGUGCAUUGGAUCGGGCAAUGCCGUAAGCUACAACCGUUAAUCAAAUCAGACGUUGCUGGUAACCCAUGUAAUUUGGUUCGUGACCACAACGGUCGUAAACCUUACGAUCGACGGAUUGAAAGGUCUGGUCUUCGUUACGACAUGAGAGGCUACAUAUAUAUGUUCAAGAAUACUGACAAGAAUAUACGAUCUGAUUCAAAUUGUGGCUACCGUACACGUGAUGAACGAUACAAUAGAAAGAACCGCUACCAAUACCGCUACGAUAAUCACGAUGAUCAUGACCGACAGGACUACCGAGUAGAUAGUUACAGUCGACGCGACAACGACGAUGGUAGAUAUUCACGAGAUACCCAACGUUCACAAGACAGUGACAGAACAUACCGAUCCCCGGGCAAUCGACGCCAAGCUCAUGAAGGCAGACAGGACAAAGCAAUGUCAGCACAAAUAUCCAAUGACCAGCUACUUGCUAACAGACAGAUUGCAUUCUCCACAAUUAACCUUACAAUUGACAACAAGGAUGUGAACGAUCAGUCAGACAGAGGUUCCAGAGGUGGAUUCCAGAGUACCACAAGCAUCAUCUCGUCCGCGACAUGCGCAUUAAUGGCUGGUAUGAGCACGAAGUAG